UGGGUGGGGAGACAGGGGAGUGUUAUCUUCAGUUCUGCAACUUUGGCUUUGAACUGAAAAAAUGGCAACGCCAAUUGCAAUCCAAUUCAAGCCCUCUAUUCUCUCCUUUCCAUCACCUCAUUCCCCAUCUAUUAACACAAAAACUCAUUUCCUUCAACCCAAUGAUAAAUUCUUGCUCUCUUCUCCUCUCAAACAAAUAGUACCCACUUUAUCUUCCCGCCAAUUCUCCUUUCUUCAACAGCAGCAGCUUUCUUCAGCUCGUUUCGUAGCCUCAGCAGCUCCCGGCGUUGUUGAUACUGUUGAUAAAGAUAAACUUCCAGCUGAUAUUCAUGUUACUGAAACCCAGGAACCCAAUUCCAGAGUCAGAUUGACUGUAGAAGUUCCAACUGUUGUAUGCGAGGAUUGCUACGGAAGAGUCAUAAGAGAGUUCAUGAAACACUCAAAGGUUCCUGGAUUUCGUCCUGGGAAGAAUGUUCCAGAAGAUAUCCUCGUUGGCUAUGUUGGGAAGCAAAAUGUUCAAAAAGCUGCAGUCGAGUCUAUUCUGAAAAGAACACUUCCACAUGCCAUGUCUUCGGUUACUGGAAAAGCAUUGGAAGACUCAAUUCGCAUUGCGACCAAAUUCACAGACAUGGAAAAGACCUAUGUGUCUACGAAUUCCUUGAGGUAUGAUGUGAUUGUUGAUGUGGCUCCUGAAAUCAAGUGGAAACCUGAAAAUGCAUAUAAGAAUCUUAAGGUUGUUGUUGAGCUUGACAGUGAUAUGGAUGCUCAGGUAGCUUCAGAAAAAGAAUUUACACGGCGUCACAAGUCUCUGGGUGCAUUGAAAAUUGUUACUGAUCGGGGUUUACAGGUUGGCGAUGUUGCAGUGAUUGAUAUAUCAGCAACUACGAUUGAACAAGAUGGAUCAGAUGCUAAAAGCAUACCUGCUGCAGAGAGUAAAGGUUUCAACUUUGACACGGAAGAUGGGGAUAAUGUCCUUCCCGGUUUUCUUGACUCAAUUGUUGGUAUUAAACGUGGUGAAACAAAGUCAUUCCCUUUGGUAUUUCCAGACUCAUGGAAACAAGAGGAUCUUCGUGGUGUUCAUGCUCAAUUCACAGUUGAAUGUAAAGAACUGUUCUACAGAGAUUUGCCUGAGGUGAAUGACUCGAUUGCUGAUAAGCUUAUCCCGGGAUGCAGCUCCAUUGAGGAGGUAAAGCAAGCAUUGCUACAAAGAUGUCUUGAAGUUGAACAGGCAGCUAAAGACCAAGCAACUGAUAAUGCUAUCUUAGACCAGCUAUACAAGAUGGUUGAAGUUGAUAUUCCUCAAUCUCUCUUCGAAGAGCAAGGAAGACAACUCUAUGGAGCUCAACUUUUACAGUUGCAGGCAAAUAUGAAACUGAGCGAACAGCAGCUGGCAUCGUUAUCAAGCCCAAGGGCCGUGAAUGAGUUCCUUGAAGCACAAAAAGAAAAUAUAACAAGUAUUAUAAAGCAAAAUUUAGCUGUUGGUGACAUAUUUACACGUGAAAAUUUGCAGUUUUCAACAGAGGAGCUAGUGAAAGAGGUUCAGAACUCAAUUGAAGAAUUCCAAAAGUCUCAACAGGAGUACGAUGAGGACCGAGUUAAGCAACAGGUACAAGAGGUACUUGAAGGGGCUAAAGUACUUGAAUGGCUAAGGGAAAAUGCAGAUAUUCAGUACAUAACUAGCACCAUGCAUGGUGUUGAUGGUCCCAGAUGAUCAAAGAAUGUCAGCAACUGAUGUGGCCAAAUGCUUCAAGCGAAGUUUCAGCAGUAUCAAGUUUCCACAACUUAUAGUGCUACCCGAUUGUUGGCUUGGUUUGAAGGAGCUUCUCGAAUCUGAGCAUCUUUUUUUUUUGGAUCAACUGAUGCAAUUUCCAGACUGAUGAAUCAUCCUGAUUUCCGUAUCGCAAUCCAAAAAGUCACCAUUUUAAAGUUGGUGAACUGAAACUAUAUGUAUUUUGAGAGGCACUCCAGAGCUGUUUACUGCUGUACAUUCAUAAGCUGCUUAUUGGUGUACCUUCUAUUACCCGA